CUUCGGUCAAUGCCAUGGAUUGUCCAAACGAAUAUAAUGAUGACAACAUUUAUACAGAUAUAGAAUGGGCAAUCGGUCUCAAUCGUUGCAUGUUGAAAAUCGUUGGUCUGUGGCCGCAGAACAGCAAGGACACUCGUGAAGCGUUAUUAUCAAAACUUCGUUUGCUAUUCAACGUCAUUACGUUAAUUUUUGUACUAACAAUACCGGCUCUAGUAUCAUUGAUAAGAGUAUGGGGCGACAUGAUGCUGAUGAUCGAUAAUUUGCAAUACACUUUACCGUUGUUGAUUACGGUAUUAAAAAUCUCCAUCAUGUGGUGCAAGAAAAAAGCUCUAUCGUCGUUAAUCGAUAUGAUCAUGAGCGAUUGGAUUAGAGUGAAGGUAAAAGAAGAGCGAAGAAUCAUGUUAAGACGUGCUGAAAAUACUCGUGUGCUCGCUUUAUGCGGAGGUAUAAUGAUACUUUUCGCGGUGCUGAUCACGAUCCCGACUUUUUUCGGAUUGACGGUUAGGCAUGUGACAAAUUUUACCGAUCCUGGCAGACCCUUGUUGAUCCAAGCAUACUAUUUGCAUGACGUAUCCAAGAGCCCGCAAUUUGAACUGACGUUUCUGAUACAAGCAAUCGCGUUGACCUUAUCCGGUCUCUCUUACACCGGAAUCGACAACUUUCUCGGACUACUGAUCUUACAUAUAUGUGGCCAGAUGGAGAAUCUACAUCUGCGACUACUGAAUCUAGGAAAUAAUUCAGAAUUCACAACAACUUUAAAGUUCAACGUCAAAGAUCACAUCCGCUUGAUCAGAUCUGUCCAAGUCAUCGAUAAUACAUUCGAUUUAAUGCUGCUUGGUUUGUUAUUUCUUUUUGGUAUAUUGUUUUGCCUUCAUGGAUUUUUAAUAAUUAAUAUUGUUAAUCAAACGGGUCACUUGUCAUUUAUACAAUUGACUUCAUAUAUUUUGGCGAGUGUAUGUGUUUUAAUGCAUAUGUGUCUUUACUGUGCGGUUGGUGAAUUUCUCGUGACUCAAUCUGAAAAGAUACAUCGUGCCACAUAUGAAUAUGUGUGGUAUAAUCUGGAGCCAAAGACAGCGAGAAAUUUAAUGUUAAUCAUGCUCCGUACGAAGAAAUCACUCUAUAUUACGGCAGGGAAAAUCUUUCCAAUGACGAUGGCCACAUUUUGCAACUUACUUAAAACAUCAGCAGGCUAUGUAUCUGUAUUACUUGCUAAUCGAGAUUAAGGAUAAUGAAAUUAAAGCACAAGUUAAUACAUAAUCAAUAGUUUUGUAUGUGUAUUAUAAUGCAAA